AUGUCUUACAUACCACUUCUUCACCCAUGCGACCGUAUGGAUCGACAAACGGCCCGCAUCAUCGAACUCGAGGACAAGAUUGCCGUUUACGAGAGUCGAGACAAUGACCAAGACGGCAGGAUACGCAACUGCAUGAUUGUCAUGAUUGGUGGCCUCUUCUUCUUUUUCGGCAUAUCCAAAAUGUUUUCUCUGGAUGGUACACAAGGCUUGCUAUGCGCAGGAAUCUUUCUAAUUGUAAGAAGCUCUUUACGGCGUGAUGACGUACCCCGCGUCGUCGCAUCCGCGUCUACCACCAUCCUCCUCGCCAACUAUGGAGUUGUUACGAGUUUUUGGUUCUGGCAUGCUUCAUCCCACACAGCCAUGUCAACGACGAAACCUCUCACGCCCGCGCAAACGCACGCCCUGUUCGACAUCCUGAUCCACCACCAGGUCUACUCUGAAAUCGAAGCCUUCAAAUACCCCUCUACCAUCGACCAGUAUGGCUACCCGUUCCGGAAAGCUGAUGGCGUGCAAUCGACAAGCCCGUUGUUGCAGAACAUGCUCAACAAGUUCGCGCUGUGUAAUCCUGCCAUACGGAACUUUGGCGAAAGCUGGUGGGCCGACAAGAUCCAGACGCUGGUUCAGAGAAUGGCAGAGGCGGAACUGAGUGAGAGUUAUGACAAGGGCGCAAUUGGCAGUCGGAAGGCGCUUGCGACAGCCGCGAGCAGCAUUGCCGAAUAUGUUGCUAGAGGCAUGCUAGGCGGCUAUGCGGCCAAGCAGCAGACCCAAGGCAAAAACGAGUACGAUACGAACAACCCAGAAGACGUUAUACGCGGUUUUGAAGAUUUGGUGCGUGACGCGAUAUACGGCGAUGCUCUGGAUGAUUUGUAUGAAAAGGUCAAGGCCACACCGAGGCUGGAAGACCAUACGAGUUGCCUCCAAGCAGCUCAUGAAUAUAUGUUGUUGAAUGCUGCAUCCUUCCUCCACCACAUCUUCAUCAUGUCACCCGACGGCCAGUACCUCGUUCGACUCAUCGAGAACCUGCAUCGCCUCAUCCCAUAUACUGUCGUCAAGCAGACGUUGCGCGUCGGGAACGCAGCUACCAUGAUCAACGGCAUGGUCAGACUGGUACUCGCAAAGCUAUCUGUAACGGCCAUGACCAACUGGAUAGGUCUCACCAACAAUACCAACGACGGCAUGAACCUUUUACAACAGAUCAUAUCUACGGUAUUGGCAUGGGAUACAUCCGAGUUCCAGAAGCGCGCAUCAAAGCUCGAGUCUUCGCGCGAUGCACCGGAUAAGAAGGUCUUCAAGGCUCUCAAGACUUUCGUUUACGCUUCAAGAGACAGGCACGAGGCGGCCAGGAGCCAAUCCAUGUCUGAAUCCAAAUCCAUCGUAGCCGUCGUUCUAGAGACGUCCGAUCCGCCCUUCAAAAUUGAUGCAGAGACUCUCAACGAACACCAACAUAAUGUAGCCAUGGAAUAUCUCAGCACAUACCUCUCAAUCCGUGACCGGGAAGAACUUACAAAGGUCCUUUGCAAAUCCAAUCCCGAUGUCUUGACUUCCACGGUUCGAGAUGCAGUCGCAGGCAUGGAUCCCGUCAUCCGGGCGAUACACAAUGCGGUUGAUCUAUCGGGAACUGUCACGGACGCAGAAGCCUUCAUCACAGAUCUGAUCAAAACUGCCAAGCCGAGGAAGAAGGGCAGCAAGAGUCGGGAGAAUUCAAAGUCACGCGCUCCCUCACCGGACCCUGCCAGUAUACUUGACCAGGAACCCAGCGACGCCCCCACCGUAGAAGACUUUCACGAGAAGCUCCUAUCCACUCUCAAAUCAACAUCACACACGCGUCUAGAAUCCAUCAUGAGGCCCUCCUCAUCUUCACAAACUGCCAGAGGAACGACACACGGCCCUGGCAUGUACCUCAGCCGGUGGAACGCCCUUCUCGAUAGCACGCUCAUCUCCCCCGCCACCAUCCACGGCCCCAUCCGCAAGGGCUGGGAAGUCAAAGGCGAGCUUGAUGGCAAGGGUCUCAAGACAAGCUCUUCCUUACUCGAUAGAGCCACUAAGCGCGAUAGAGUCAGCGCGAUGAUGGCAGAGGGCACGGGAGACAGAGUCGAUCGCAAAGAACGCAAGCGAGACGGGCUGGAAGAGGAAAGCAUGGAAGUGGUAUGGGAAGGCAUGAGAGAUGGUUGGGUGGGGGCGAAAUCUCCGAGACUCCCCGUCGCCGAGGGUAGCGGACGUGGGUAUACGUAG